AUGUCUAGCCAUCUUUGCGACUGUGAUUUGGGCCAAAGGCUCCAACCCCAGGGCGGCGAGGGAGACCCAAAUGAGGUAGAUGAGGACAACGGAGAGGACGAGGAUUGGGGUUCGCCUACAGCCAGUAUGAUUAUGCCUGAAUUGAUCCUUCAAGAAGAGGAUCCGGAAGUCGAGGAAGAGGACGACGACGACGACGAAGACGGCGAGGGUGAACAUGAAGAGGACCAUGAAGAUGGUAAUGGAGAGGAUCGGGAGGAACAUGAUGAACCUGAAGAGCGGCGAAACCGAAAAGAGCAAACUUUGAAGCAGCCAAUCCUGCUUAAGAACAUGAAAUCAAAAACAAAUGACAGGACAACGGGUUUCUCUUAUCCACCCUCCAGCCGAAAGGAGCAGGAGCAAAUAAGGAACAAGAAAAAAUAUCUUUGUAGUUUAUGUGGAAGUACCCUGACGGGUAAGACAGCCUAUAACCGUCACCAGGCUGUCAAUCCUUUGGGUGAAGCCUGGUGUGAGCGGAAUUCAUCAUUGGGACCGGGCGAAGGUGGUGUGGAAGACUUGUACCUUCCCGAGAAGUGGUUUGACCGGUAA